AUGCUCAAGGUGGAGAUAUACGGACCGGCUGGGAGCAAACAAGUACUGGCGCUGCUAGAUGAAGGCUCAACGGUGACACUGCUUGACGAAAACGUGGCUUCGAGCAUCGGCAUCAAGGGUCCUCGCGAAGCCCUGAAUAUAGAAACUAUCGGCGGAGGGCAAAUGAAAAAUCACGACUCCAUGAUUUUAGAUAUCGAACUGAAAGGGAUCAAGGAAAGCGAGAAGAGCACACUUAAGCGGGCAAGAACUAUCAAGGAGCUCAAAUUAACCCCUCAAUUCGUAGAUAAAAGCCGACUAAAGAAGUGUCAUCACUUGCGGGGCUUACUACAAGACGUGUGCUACGAAGCUGAGGCACCGAAGCUGCUCAUUGGCCAAGACAAUUGGGAGUAUAUUGUCUCAUUACAAAUACGACGUGGAAAGCCAGGGCAGCCGGUGGCGUCACGAACGAAGUUAGGAUGGGUUCUCCACGGCUCCGACAGCAGUGGCGUGUCGCCGAUCAAUUACGUGAACACAUGUGCACACGCCAGCGUCGUCGAAGAUAAAAUAGAUCAGUUGGUGAGGGAACACUUCACUAUUGAGUCUUUGGGGGUUCAGCCGAAGAAGCCUUCAACGGAUAUCGAACAGCGAGCACUGGACAUAUUGGAAAGAACCAGCCGACAGUUGGAAGAUGGCAGAUACGAGGUCGGACUGUUGUGGAAAAAGGAAGAUGUAUGUCUUCCAAAUAACUACGCAGCAGCUUUCAACAGAUUUCAAGGCAUAGAAAGAAAGCUGCGUAAGGACGCUAAAUUAAAAAAUGAGUAUAGCGCGCAGAUAGACAAUCUGUUGAAAAGCAACUACGCUGAAGAAGCACCAGCCGACUGCACAUCUAACAAAAAAUGGUACCUGCCUCACUUCCCAGUGGUUCACCCUCUGAAAAAGAAGCUGAGAAUUGUUUUCGACGCUGCGGCCAAAUACAACGGAGUCAGCCUUAACGACGUUCUGCUGUCCGGCCCGGACUUACUACAGUCAAUAUUUGGAGUGCUACUGCGAUUCCGCCAAGGCCCUGUAGCAAUAGCGGCCGAUAUAAAAGAAAUGUUUCUGCAAAGGGCGCACUUCGAGCUACGAGGAUGGGCGUCGAAUAAGAAAGAGAUCGUAGAAGCCGACGGCGAACAGGAAGUGCACCUAGGUGAAAACGAAGAAAAGACCCUGGGACUGAGAUGGCUGACGUCAGAGGAUUGUCUUGGAUUUAGAAGCCAAUUUAGGAAAAUCCCUAACGAGGUAGCGCGAGGCAUGCAGACUCCAACAAAACGAGAAGUCACGGGAGCUGUGAUGUCUACUUUCGACCCACUCGGACUGCUAUCACCCAUUCUCAUCCAAGGAAAGAAGCUCAUUCAAAAGAUAUGGCGCAGUGGUGUUGGAUGGGAUGACCAAAUCACUGAAGACGACACCGAAGCUUGGAAGAGCUACCUAGAGCAUAUCGGUAGAAUAAAAGACAUCCGACUGCCGCGAUGCAUGUCACCAUUCUGCACUGAGGGGGAGCUGCAUACUUUUACUGACGCGAGUGAGACAGCGUAUGCAGCCGCAGUAUACUGGCGAACCAGAGGUAAAGGAAAAUACUUGAUAAACCUCGUCGCCGCCAAGUCAAGAGUAACGCCUCUGAAACCAACAUCUAUGCCGAGGCUUGAACUGCAGGCAGCUCUAUUAGGUAGUAGACUUGCAGACUCAGUGGCAAAAGAACUCGACCUGCAGGUUACAAGGAAAACGUUUUGGACGGAUUCGAGUGUGGUACUUUCCUGGAUAAAGGCAGAUCCCAGAACGUUUAAGACCUUCGUAGCUCAUAGAAUUGCGGAGAUAGAGGAUCUGACAAAACCGCAAGACUGGAGAUGGGUGCCUACAGCGCAGAAUCCUGCCGAUGAUGCGACCAGGAGCCCACCGGAAGAAUUUAACGCGGAACAUCGGUGGUUCAAGGGUCCAGAUUUCCUGUCAAAAGGCGAAGAAGAAUGGCCAGCUCCACGAAGUUUUAAAAAGGAAAAAUGCGACGAAGACAGAACGAUGGAGCAGUACUGGAUGGCAGGAACGCCAUUGGGAGAUUGA